AUGAUACCGCCAGGACAAUCCCCGGCUUUACCUCCAAUUCCGGCUGAUCCGGAAUUGGCAACAAUGUUUGAAGAAGUCGUGAAAAAAAUGGAUUUACCCGUCGAUAAGCUUCGCAUUCUGGAAGAGUAUGACAGAGAAAAGAAGUGGAAGCUUAUAACAGAUCAGAUGUUUAUGAACAAUCUUGUAAAUACUUCCCUACCUACUGAAUAUCUGAAGAAGCUGUCGUAUUUCAUGGAUAAAAAAACAUUGAAAAAGAAUAAGAAGUCAUUGGCUACCGAUGAUACAUCCACGAAAGUAUUGAAGCAUAUAGAAGUAUCUUUACGAACUAAUUCCGUCGAUUGGGUUAUAGAGUUCUUGAACCCUCCUAACAAUGGACUACAGAUUCUGAUAAACUAUAUGAGUCAAUUGCUUGCUGAAGCAGGAGCAGGUUGUAGUGAUUUACCGUCUGGAUCAAAUGACCAAACGAUCGACCCAACCUACACUUCUUCCUUAUUCAGUCGAAAAAGUGCUUCCGGAACUCAACGAUCUAAAAUAAGCAAAAAGUUCGGAGAAACAGAGGACGAUAUUCAUGUGUGUGUUGCUUGUCUUCGAGCCAUUCUUAAUAAUAAACUCGGUUUAAAACUGGUAUUGGAGCAUGAAUCUGCUAUUUAUUGCAUUGUACAAAGUAUUCUUCAUCAAAGCUUGAGAACCAAAACUUUGGUCGUUAAUUUGCUGUCUUCUAUCUGUAUUCUGGAGGGUGGUCAUGAACUCAUAAGUUCGGCUUUUGACCGUUUCCGUUUUGAAUACAAAGAGGCCAAGAAGUUCCAAACUCUCAUGUAUUUCAUCGAGAAACAUGAAGCUUACCCCGUGGAGUUUUUAUCUGCUGCAUUGCAAUUCUUUGAGAUUUAUAUGACUUAUGUGGAUGAUCUUAAUCAUCGUGUUUAUAUUCAAUAUCAAUACACUAUGCUAGGCAUAGAUAUCUAUAUAGAGGCUAUGCUAAAAUAUUUUAAUUCUGAUGAGCUCAAAGCUCAGUUAGAGUCUUAUAAUAGUAGUCGAAUAGAUGUAGUACAACUACAAGAAGAUUCUAAUAGGAAAAAUGAAUUAUUGGACGAAGUUGAUCAUUUGAAAGAACGAUUGUCUUCGGCCAUUGAACGUGUACAGGAGGUUGAAGCUAAAUGGAUCACAGAUAAGGCUGCCUUAGAUCGACGAUUGCUCGAAUUGGUCAGGGAACGAGAAAAACUGGAAAGUGAGCAUGAAGUCCAGAAAGGAACAUGGAGAAAAACUCUCAAUGAAAAGGAGAAAGUACACAACCAGAAACAGGCUCAAUUGGAACAAAAAAUUCAGGAGUUGGAAUCUAUUCAGAAGACUAUGCAGGCAGGAUUGCAAGUGCAACAACAACAAAAGAGUCCUCCAACUCCUCCUCCUCCGGCCCCUGGUCCUCAUAAGGAUAGCGGUGGCCCUCCUGUUCCCCCUCCUCCUGCUCCUCCUCCACCACCCACCUCAGCUGUGGUACCACCGGCUCCUCCACCGCCACCUCUUGGUGGCUUGGCCUCAGGAGUUCCUAAGGCUCCCCCACCUCCAGGCGGGUUAGGAGGACCUCCUUGUCCUCCACCACCUCCUCCAGGUUUCCUUGGCGGAUCUGGUCCUCCUCCACCGCCUCCCCCACCAGGUCUGCUGUCUAUCGGAAAGCCGGUUGAAGCUCAGAACUUGAAGAAAGUAUAUCAAACAAAGAACAAACUUCCGCAGCUUAAUUGGGCAGCUAUGAAACCAAAUCAAGCGAAGAAUACCGUCUUCCAAGAGCUUAAUGACGACAAGAUCAUGCCCAAUCUGGAUUUCACAAAGUUGGAAGAAAUGUUCAAAAUGGGAAAUGUUGGAGUUGUGUCAAACGAAGUGUCGGCUGAUUCAUCCACAAUAGUUGGUCAGCACAGCCCAGGGUCGACCGGAUCUGCUCCAAGUAAGAAGAACACUCUCUUGGAUGCCAAACGUUUGCAGAACGUCGCUAUCACAAGGAGAAAAUUGGCCAUGGAACCUAGAGCCAUCAUGGCUGCAGUUCACCAGUUGGACUUAGUUAGCUUGCCAGCCGACAAAGUCGACAUACUGUCUCGUAUACUUCCGUCCGAAGAUGAGAGAAAGUUGUAUGAUGGAAAGACCAAUGAUGAAAACCUGAGUGAAGAGGAUAUCUUCUUAGCCAACUUGUGCACGAUUGAAAGAUUGGAACAUAAGCUGAAUGUUAUGAAAAUCAUGGCUGAGUUUGAUGAGUGUUCAGCACUUUUGGAGCCUCAAUUCACACAUAUCACUGCUGCGUCCAAAUGUGCUAAGGAAGCAACCCAGUUCCAUAGAGUUCUUGAAAUCAUUUUGGCUUACGGAAACUAUAUGAACAGUGGCAAACGCGGAGGUGUUUAUGGUUUCAAAAUUUCCAGUUUAGACUCGUUGGCUAUAUUGAAAUCUCCUAAUGAGAGAACUCUGACUCUGCUUCAUCUUGUUGUUGACUCAGUUCAAAAGUCGUUCCCAGAACUUUUAGCUUUCGGGGAGCAACUGAAGUUUGCUGACAAAGCUGCUGGAGUUCAAUGGGAUAGUGUUAUGUCUGAUAUGAAAGAAUUAGAACAACGCUUUGAAACAGCAAAGAAGGAGAAGGCUCUGAAAGGAGUAGACUGUCCUCCAACGCUCGACAAGUUCAUUGAAGACAGAAAAGAAGCUAUGAUUCAGUUGAUUGAGCAUAGCAAGUUGGCAGCUAAAACAUACGAAUGCUGUGUUGAAUUCUACGGAGAGAGUGCGAAAGUUAUGCAACCUAAUGCCUUCUUCGGAAAACUGGCUAGUUUCGUUGUCAACUUCAAGAAAUGUAAACAAGACAACGAUACUCGAGCUGCUGCAGAAAAGCGUCAAACUGAGGAAGCUGCCAGACGUUCAAGAGCCAUGAAUCGUAACGAACAACAUAACGAAAUUAUGGUGGAGUUGGCAGAAAAAAUGGGAGGCGGACGUCGGGCCCGCUCUAAAAUUGAUAGCCAGCAGAUGGGUCAUGGAGAUUUCGAGAAGAUUAUGAGCGGGUUAAAACAAACAUACACUACCAACAACAACUCUGCCCCCGCUGCGCCAAGAAGAAAAGUGAGCGCAAGCCCGUCUCCGGCUCCAAGAAGUGCGGUCCCCCCACCGGUUCCUGCCAAAACACGAGUUAUUGCCGUAGAUCGGGAUCGACAAUAA